AUGUUGACUUCAUUGAUUGGGUCGUCUUCCCUACUUUUUUUAAUUUUCUGUAUUAUUCAAGCCUUACGUUUAUUACCGUUUUUAUUUAAUCUUUCUUUUUCUGUCUUUUUUAACCUCCUUGCCAUAUUCUCUUUCUAUCUUCCUUUGUUUUUCUUUCUCUUUGCCUCCCUCUCUUAUUGGUUUUGUUUCUUCCUCUCGGCCGAUCCAACUUUCUCUAUCUUUCUAUUUUUCCCACUGCCUCUCUUCUUUUUUCUAUCUUCCUCUUUGCCGAGCUACUUUCGUCUUUCUUCACUUAGUCUCUUUGUAUCUUCCCCUCUAACGUUGUCUUUCUUAUAUCUUCCUCUCUGUCCCUCUACCUUAUAUUGUCUGUCUGUCUCUUUCACUGCCCCCUUUAUACUUUUUUUUCUGUCUUCCUCUCUGUCGAUUUACCUUACUUUGUCUUUCUUUCUCACCGUCUCUCUAAAUUGUUCCCUUUGUAUCUUCCUCUUUGCCAAUCUACCUUACUUUAUCUCUCUAUCCUUCUCACUGCCUCCUUACCCGAUUCUCUUUAUAUCUUCUUCUUUAUAUCUCCUUCUCUGUCGAACUACCUUAAUUUAUCUGUCUGUCCUCCUAGCCGACUUCUUCCUCUUGGCUGCUGAACCUUAA